AAAAAAAUCUACAACAUUUUACGCUGCUAUACCGAAUGCACAAUAGCAAAAACAGCGCCCCAACUCCGGAGCAAGGUCUAAUACGUGUGUUCUGUCAGUGAUAGUUUCAUGAUCACCAAUUCCUGUUGAAUGUUCCUUUGCAUCGGGUUGUGUUCUGUCAGUGAUAGUUUCAUGAUCACCAAUUCCUGUUGAAUGUUCCUUUGCAUCGGGUUGUGUUCUGUCAGUGAUAGUUUCAUGAUCACCAAUUCCUGUUGAAUGUUCCUUUGCAUCGGGUUGUGUUCUGUCAGUGAUAGUUUCAUGAUCACCAAUUCCUGUUGAACGUUCCUUUGCAUCGGGUUAACACUACGUGCAGAUGCAAAGUACGUUGGACAGAACUGAAACACAGAGUUGUGUUCAUCAAGACGCACACGGUGUACCAUUAUUGUGAAUGUAUGCCUUUUGUGAUCAAUCUUUUUCAAAAGUUUAGCACGUGAAGUGGAAAUCACUGCCAGUAUAUCCAAGCUUGUUUAUUACAGUCGGUUCAAGUUCAAGUGCAAGUUCUGAGUUGAGACCGUGAGGAGUAGAAGAUCACGAUGCCGUGGUGCAACGUCCUAGCUGUGACAAUUGUCAUCGUCGCGACAACAUUUGCAUCAUCGAAGGUUUUGUCAUCAACAGAUGUUACUUUGACGACAGUUGGGAAUGAAACUACUGCGGUUUGCGACCAGAAACAUUCUUGCGCUAGAAUGGGAUGUACAGCUGGAUCAAAACGCCUCUGCCAAUGUGAUAAUCUGUGUCCAUUUUUCGACGACUGUUGCCAUGACUACAACAGAUCCUGUACACAAGAACCUUUAGACAACAUUGGUGGUUUUGAAAAAAGCAACUUGAGCUGUGUAGGAGAGACUAUUGGUGAUAUAUCAUCAUGGCAACUCGGAUACUGGAUGGUAGCAUCUUGUCCAGAUUCGUUCGACAAUCAUGACAUCGUCACGCAAUGUCAGACGCUCAUCAGUGACAGCAUGGUGUCUAGGAUACCGGUUACCGACAAAACAACUGGUACUCUGUAUCGCAACGUGCACUGUGGCAUCUGUAACGGCGUCAACCUUACAACGCUUACCGCUUGGACGGUACAAAUAGUGCAAUGCAAGCCACGACAUAAAAACAUUUUAAAUUUGAUUCUAAAGGGCACAUCCACAGAAGAGAAGCUCUCAAAUUUAGACGCAUUUUGCCAGUCGAAAGUGCAUCCACCACGCUUGUCAAACCAGUUCCCUGCUCCGAGACCUUGCUUUCCAAAUCUGGAAGCAUCAUGUCGCACACCAGAUCUCCAGUUAGAAUUCGGAGCAGGCUGCGACUCCUACACAGCAGUUGUCCAAAACAGGAAUCUGUUUUACAAGAAUCCGCACUGCUUUAAGUGUAGCUUGGACACUAACAAAGAAGACAGCAUCAAUUGUUCCCAAGACAUUCCAUUCUACAUCAAGGCCAAUCAAGGCAGAAGAACGCGAAUAAGCGGUAACAUGGUUCCUUUAUCAAUAAUCAUGGAUUUUGGUUCGGAGAACACCAUGAAGAUUAUGACACAGAAAACAAUCUUACAGGAGGAGAAAAUGACUUGUCCGCCGCGUCAGGUAUACAACCCUGAUACUGUUUUAUGUCAGCCAUUGAUUUGCCACGCUGGAUUCAAACUUGAGGAUAGUGGAUGCGUGGUGGAUAUCGAUAACAAAUCAGCUACGUGGUGUAACAACACCAUGCGAGAAGUCACGCUCACUAUAACGACUGCUGACUGUGUGGAUGGUGUAGAGAUGGCCAAGACAGCGCAGUGUGUGCGGGAACGUCUUGCAGAGGUAGUUAAUGAUACUGAGAACUGGAUGGCUGAUGGGUACGAUGUUGACUGCCAUGAUCACACAAUACAACUGUUAUCAAUCUGUAGCAGCGAUGACGCAACCCUGCUUAAACUCACACAGAUCCAUUCACUACAGCAUCCAAUCCUUAAUGACAUCAUGGUUGACUGUGAUGUGAGGAAGCUUACAUUCACACAAAAGCACGCAGGGACCAUUAACUGUCACACGCAACAAAUCAAGCAGUUCUCGAUCAAGGAUGGUCUGGUGGAGAUACAUCUUGGGAACUCAAGCAGUCGCUACAACCUGCGAGAUGCUAACAUCAUAACAGAGUACACACUGAUGAGUAGAGCAUCCGAUAAACUGACGACCCUUGAAGUCUGCGUGAAUGCAUCAGCAUUAGCGUCUUGCUCAAUGGUGAAACUCAACGCGUCUUCAUUCACAUUGCUCAGUGAUAACAGCAUUAUCUACCUGCCGACAGGCAAGGAGUAUGGUCCAAACGACUAUCUGAAUCAUAGCGAUGGGAUCCUAGUUUGUUCAACGUUUGAAUCAAACUAUACUCUCUUCAACAAUGUAACCUUCUUCUCCUACUCCGAGACACAAGUUAUCCUUAGCACCACUGGGUCCAUCUUGUCGUUGGUAGCCUGUGCGUUAACAUUCUUCACAUACUGUGUGUUUCCAACGCUGCGCAAUCGCACGAGUAAAGCCAUCAUGAGUCUUGUUGUAGCCCUUUUUAUCUCACAGACAUUGCUGUUGUUCAGUGGAUUAGCGACCAGCCUCUCCGAGCUAUGCGGAGUUAUUGCUGUCAUGGCACAUUACUUCUGGUUGACGGCAUUUUGCUGGAUGAACGUUCUUUCCUUGGAUCUAUUCCAAACAUUUGGCUCGAGAGCUAGACUACAACGACUCCACAGCGACGCAACAACAGUCCUUCUGUAUAUGCUGUACGCAUGGGGAUCACCACUGCUAGUGGUCAUCCCAUGCAUUGCUGUGCAUUUCUGUCGGUGUACAAGUUUCCAAUACGGAAAUAAAUAUGCAUGUUGGAUCAAAGAUGGGCUAACAAACUUGUUAGCCUUUGGUCUGCCUGUAGCAAUAUUGGUAAUCAUUAACAUCAUUCUGUAUUGUAAGACAGUAGCUGGGAUUCGAACCACCAAAAAGGAUGCAGCUGGAAUGCAGGUUACAACCAAAGAGAUAUCUGAGACAAAGAAGAAAGUUCAAGAGUUACUCAUUUACAUCAAGAUUGGUUGUUUGAUGGGCUUCACAUGGGUCUUCUCAUUCGCAGCAGCCUUCAGUCAUCUCGAGGCUCUAUGGUACUUUGUUAUCAUCUUAAACUCCUUACAAGGCGUCUUCAUUUUCUUCUCAUUCAUGUGUAAUGAGCGCGUCUACAAGCUCUGGUGUAAGAAACUGAGCCGAGAGGGAGGCAGAGAUGGGCGGGGCAAACUGAAAAGGGGGCAGAGUGAUGAAGCAGGAACACAAUCUACAUCACUGACUCUCAAGAAGACAAAUACUAUUAAGGAAAGGUUGGGUAGUAAGAGCUUGCUGGAGACAAAAAAAGUUCACGAAAAAAGUUCAGAAUAAAUUUCUUGCUACCCAAAAUUGCUGGACAAAAUUUUCUCUUGAAGAACCUACAACACUCAACUGACUGUCACAAGAUUCAAAAUUUACAACCUUUAGUGAUAUUACUUCUUAUCAACAAGAAAAAUACUUUUGACCAAAGUAAGAACCUAAAUAUUCCACGGUAGUAAGAACCUAAAUACUCCAUGGUAGUAAGAACCUAACCAGGGUAGUAUGAACCUAAAUACUCGACGGUAGUAACAACCUUACCCAACCACGGUAGUAAGAACUUAAAUGUUCCAUGGUAUUAAAAACCUUACCAAGUAAUAAGAACUUAAAUAUUCCAUGGCAUGCAUGGUAGUAAGAACUUAACCACAUAAGAACCUUCAUAUUCCCAGUAGAAAGAACCUACAUGUAACCAAAUAGUAAGAACCUAAAUAUUCCACGGUAGUAAGAACCUACCCACCUCAGGUUGUAAGAACCUAACCACCACAGGUAGUAAGAACCUAACCACGGUAGUAAGAACUUAAUAUUCCUCGGAGGUAAGAACCUAACCAGGGUAGAAAGAACCUUAAAAUUCCACUGUAGUGAGAACCUAACCACGGUAGUAAGAACCUUAAUAUUCCACUGAAGUAUGAACCUAACCACGGUAGUAAGAACCUACGUAAAUGUAACCACAGGAGUAAGAACCUUAAUAUUCCCAAGAGAAAGAUCCUAAAUACUCCACGAUAGUAAGAACCUAUACUCCACUGUCUACAAAAUAGUGAUAUCAUGUGGUAAAUGCAUCUACACAGUGCACAGUCAACCCUCCUAUUGUCUGACCAUUCAAGAUCAAGUCCACUGUGGUUUUGAAUGAUUGAUGCUAAAUGCCAGCCUACAAAAGUACAAACUCAACCCUCCUACUUUUGACCAUUCAAUACUAAAAAAAAACUAUGCCACCCUGAAGUGCAAGUCCAGCCUUAGUCACAUUAAACCAAAACAGCUACAACCGCCAAAACGCACCCUGUAAUAUUUUUGUUACCAUUUGGUGAACUCAACUACAUGUUGACAUGUACGGUGUCAUACAGUUACGGUGUCCCACAGUUAGUUGUAUCUGUUGUGUGCAACCGUACACAACUGGUGCAGUUUAAUAGCGUUAAUAAAGGCACUGGACACGUUUGGUAUUUGUCAAAGACCAGUGUUCUCACUUGGCGUAUACCAACAAAUAUGCAUA